AUGUUUAUUAUUAACUCAAUUGCAAUUACCAAUGAUCAAAAAUAUGUUAUCGGUGCAACUAACACUGGAGCACUUUAUUUUUGGGACUUUGAAAAUAUUCUCCUAGAAAAUAGCAGCCGUACAUAAGAAAAGACACAAAAUACUCUAAUAUACAAAGCAUCAUAUAAAUUUCCUCUUUUCAAAGACUCAAUAUAAUAAAUAUUACUCAUUCAAGAGAAUUUGUAUUGCGUAGUUGCUAAUAAAUUGUAUCAGGUCUAAAUGUCAUCAUUGAUAUCUCCAAAUCAAAUUAUUGACACAGAUUUAAAUUCCUCCAUCAUGAUUUAAUCUUUUUAAGAAGAGAUUGAAUUUAUUAAAUACAACAAUGAAAUACUUAUUGUUGCUGUGGGAUCUAGAUUAUACUUUAUUGAUUUAUAGCAUGAGAAUAAUAUAAUUGAGGAAAUCGACAUCACUUAAUCAAUCAAUGAUAAUAUAUAUACCUUAGUACCAAUUAAAGAUGUGAAAAUAACUAGUUUGGCUGUGAUUGGGCAGAAUUUUCUAGCUAUCGGAUCAGAUAUUGGAAUAAUAGGAAUUUGGUCUAUUUCAACAUAUUCAUUCCAAUCCGUGCUCAGUUUUAAAGGUGCAAAUUAAGAAUUAUCAUAUGUUAAUGAUAUUUUGUAUAUGGAAGAUGAACAAUAAAUAAUUAGUUUGCAUAAGAAUUACUUAGUCAUUUGGAAUUCAAUUCUAAGAAAUGACGAUGAAAUUAGACCCAUUUCUGAUUAUUACAAAAUGUGCAGUUUCUAAAACAAUAUUUAUUUAACAAAAGGUAACAGAUAAAUUGAAUAAAUGAAUUCAAAAAUAACACUCUAGACCUCAUCAGAUGUUAUAUUAUAGUUCAGCACGAUUUCUUAUUAGAAUAGUAAUGUUCUUAUCGCAAAUGGCUCGAGUCCAUUUGUAGAUAUUUAUGUAGAUAAAAAUUAUACAUUGACAUUAAGUUGUUUAUGAUAUAUUAUACAUUACAAGAUCAAAGUUUAAAUAGUAUUU